CGUUGACGUGCGGGUGGUAAGUGGGUCGGUGGGGAUUACACUGGGUGGGUGACGAGCUGGAAUCAACUAUCCUAGAAGACCCGGGGGAAUCCAUUCCAUUACAGAGGACCUGAAAACCUCACCAUGAGCAAGGCUUCUGCACCUCCUGACUUUCAGCCUCCAACUGAUGGGCCACCCAGCUAUAACCAAGCUAUGACUGAAGGUGCUGCCUACCAGCCAACACCAGGUCCUGCCGACUACAAGGCUCCACCGAUGCCCCAGGUCGCGUCUCCGUACGGUCCGCCAGGCGGUGCUGGACCCUCGCCGUACGGCCAGGGGCCCGGUGUGCCGUACGGCCAGGGGCCCGGUGUACCGUACGGCCAGGGGCCCGGUGGACCGUACGGCCAGGGGCCCGGUGGACCGUACGGCCAGGGACCCGGCGUGCCGCACGGCCCUGCCCAGCAGCAGCAGUACGGACAGUACGGCGCUCCGCCAGGUGUGCCCCUGCAAGCGGCGCCGCCGGCACAGACGCACCUGGUCACGGUGGCCGGUCCCAACCCGGCCCACAUGAUGUGCCCGCACUGUCACGCCGAGAUCGAGACCAGCGUGCGCUCGUCGCCAUCGACCACGGCCUGGAUCGCCGGCCUGCUGAUCGCGCUGUUCGGAUGCUGGAUGGGCUGCUGUCUGAUCCCGUGCUGUAUGGACGAAUGCAUGAACAAAGAGCACUUUUGCCCCAACUGCAAGGCGUUCCUGGGGAGCUACAGGCGAUAAGCAAAGUUCAGGCUGUUUGCUGACGCCCCCGCCAUCUGGCGUCGACGUGUGAGACUGCGGGUUGACGUGACCGUCGCACCUGCGCUUUGACGGGCCGGUGUGGUCCCUGUAGGGGGUCUGCGAUGAGGUCAAGGCUCUGGGGUCACCCCAGUGAACGGCGAGGGUGUAAUCUACACAGGAUGCGACUUUACCUAUGUCAACGGGUUGUGGGCAGUGCUACUUUCUUCGCCCGUGCUGGUAGCAAUUUUAUACCUGUUUAAUUUUGUGCAUGAGCCCGCAGCUUCGGACGUUUGAACGCCAUCUCGGGCCACGUUUUGUCGCUCAUUGUCACUGGUGCUGUCAAAAUCGAACGGGCUUCUCGAGCGGGCUCGGAUUACGAGCAGGGGCGGAACGUUCGCAACGUUUGACGGCGUUCAAGCAUUUUCCGUCAAUGGAAUUUCCUGAUUACUUGGCAGCGGUACGUUUCCGUCACUUUUCGACGAUUUAAACACGCGGCGGUACAGGCUGCGUAUCUCUCCAUGUUGCUGUCCCUGAAGUUUUCUUCAGUGUUUUUUUUUUGUCCGACACGUCUAACUUGCGUCGGCCGUCUGCGUGGCGCGUUCUGUGCGCCUGUGUAUAGUUGGGCGGCAAGUGACACCGCGGCGUGCGUCUGCCGUCGCGGACGCUCCUCCGGACUGGGAAGCAGAGCCAUGUAGCCUGCUGUUGGCGCGGGGCGGAGCGCCGGCCGGCUAUCAGCCGACGGUGGCCAGGCGGGAUCGCCGAGCAGAGAGCUUUGCAUUGCUGUACGAUAGUAUGCUGGGGGGUCGGAGCUCAGUCGCAUGUCAUCGUGGUAAUCGUACUCACUAUCGUGUUGCCUCGGACCGAAUGUCGUCGGCGGCGCCAGUUGUAGCGAGAUGGACUGUGGGGCAUUGGCGGCGAAUUGGUGCCUGCCCGCGCCCGCUCCGUCUGCGCUGGUGACAUGCCCUCACUGAACAGUCCAUGAGGUCCCUGCCUGAGAAUAUUAGCCGGUCGGUUAGGGCUUGUGUGCGGUCCAUUGUGUGGCAUAUUGAUAAAUCGUUAAAACGGGACAGCGCUACACCGUGAAAUGUUUGUUGUAUGUGCCUGUGGAAGUGCCAUAGAGGCACUGAGUCUGCUUACCUGGUCGUUGGCGGAACGAAGAGUUCUGGCAUGUCAUUGGUUGUAACAUAUGCACUGUCUUCAAAAAGCUGUACACAUGUGGGCAUGCUUUCUGGUAAUAUAUCGUUAUGCACAUAU